UAGGGCUAACCCUUUCAUCGCAUUUUCACGAAAAAAAACGCUUUGGAAUUCUAGGGUUUCUCUUCGCUCGAUUUGUUCAUUGACCGAAACGCGAUGAGCGCAGUAAACAUUACCAACGUCACCGUACUUGACAAUCCGGCGCCUUUCCUCCACCCUUUUCAAUUCGAAAUUUCCUAUGAGUGCCUCGUUUCCCUCAAGGAUGAUUUGGAAUGGAAGCUUAUUUAUGUAGGAUCCGCCGAGGAUGAGACUUAUGAUCAGCUUCUAGAAAGUGUGCUUGUAGGGCCUGUAAAUGUUGGAAAUUACCGCUUUGUCUUCGAGGCUGAUCCUCCAGACUCAUUGAAAAUCCGGGAAGAAGAUAUCAUUGGCGUGACUGUAUUGCUAUUGACAUGCUCUUAUCUAGGUCAGGAAUUUAUCCGAGUAGGAUACUAUGUGAACAACGAUUAUGGCGAUGAGCAACUUAGAGAGGAGCCUCCACAAAAGGUAUUGAUUGAUAAAAUUCAAAGAAAUAUAUUGGCUGAUAAACCUCGGGUUACUAAGUUCCCAGUAAAUUUCCACCCUGAAAAUAAUGAAAAUGGAGACCAACCACCUACUACACCUGAUCUUACCAAUGCUGAACUGAAUGAAAAUGGUGAUGAUGAGAAGAUACAGCCACCUUCUCCAGUUAAACAAAAUGAUGUUCAAUGUGAGCCAAGUAACAAGAAUGAGUUGCCUGCAUAGAAAGCUCUGCCUGUUUUUUGCUUCUUUUUUCACUUGGAGGAUUUGACAUGUUAUUGUUUUGAAUGCAUUUGAAGUAGAACCAUUGAAACAUGAAGAUUAUUAUAAAUGCUUGAUCAAGAACAAUGAAUAUAUUUCUCAACUUAGAGGUUGUUAGUCAA